GGAGAUCGGAGGUCAGUUAUGCGCCGCCGCCUGCCGUUUUCCGAUCUGCCUCAUCUCGCCGUCGCCGUCGAAGGCCUCGUAUGAGGAUCGAGUGGUGCUUGCGAAGAGGCGACCAAAUAAGCAGACCCCCCUUUGGGAGCCGCAGUCCCCAAUCGAAGCAGCAGCAGCAGCUCCUUUCCGAGCCGCAACCGGCAAUCGAAGCAAUCAAGCGGCUCCUCCCCGAGCCGCAGUCCGCAAUCGAAGCCUUCCCCUUUUUCUGUCGCAAAUCCGCAAUCAAACCAGUCCUUUUUUAGAUGCAUCCAGAAACCGGUCUUUGGAAUUGAUCUCCGAGUUGCACACCACAUCGAUGACCAAAUCAUCCGUGCAGGGCCUCAGCAAAUCCUCCCUCAACAUUGUGGAGGAUAAUGAAGUUGAUAUGCUCAGCAAGUUGCCUGAUGACAUUUUGCUCAACAUUGUGGAGCGACUUGAUAUUGCUGAUGCCACACGAACCACCAUCCUAUCCAGACGUUGGAAGCAGAUCCCUGCGAUACUCUCAAAGGUUGUUAUAAUGGUUGGUUCUUUUCAGCCCAAGCACGAAGGGAGGAAGUUAACCUCAGAUGAUAUACUUCAGGCCAAUACUGCCAUGCUGGAAGCAACCAGGGGCAUACUUGAAAGGAGGGCGGGAAAUCCAUACAGUAUUCACCUGUUGCGCAUGGAAUUCUACUUGGGAGAUGAGUCCAUUUUCAUUGGCCAGACUGUUGCCAACACCAUAGCAACACAAAAGGUUGCUUCAGUUGAGUUUAUAAUCUUAACGAAGUUGCGCAAUGUUUUUACCAAUAAUGAGCUGCUCACUUAUGGGAGUCAGUUCAUGUCAUUCUUUGAUUCUUGUCCAGUCACAUUUGGUGGUCUUGCACGCCUCACACUAGAGAAUUUGAGGUUAGGCGAAUCAGGCUUUCUGAAAAUUUUCAGUAUAUGCAAGCAAUUGGAGUUCCUCCGCCUCUACCACUGUGAUAUGGGCAUUGAGUCUUUGCUGGAAGUGGAGCACCCACAGCUCAGUGAACUAGUGAUUGCCUGCAGUAGGAUUAUUAAGAGGAUUGAUCUAAAGUGGGUACCAAAACUCAUAGUACUGAAAGUUAAUGUAUUUAGAUCUCAAGAUGACCCCUUCUGUCUUGGCUAUGCCCCUCUGCUCCAGACUGUCAGCAUCAUUAAUACUGGUUUUUCUUGGCACAAGAUGCUCAAGUUAAGUGAGUUGCUUGGUAAAACAGCAAUAAGCAAUCUGCAUUUGAACUUCAAAAGCGAGAAGAUUUGGGUCAAACCGGAAGGUCGAAGACAAUUGUUACCGGUGUUCCACAAACUAAGGCGUGUGAAUUUGUAUAACAUUUUUGAAGGAUGCGAUCUGACUUGGAUAAUGUUCAUACUCCAAGGGGCACCCAGCCUUAAGGAACUAUGCAUCGUGGUGCGGGAUCAUUUAUGUGAAAUGGUAACGGGGGAGCAGAGAAAACUGUAUGCAUUUAGCGAGAAGGACAAGGGACUAGAGUAGGAACCAUCCGCAUCUGAUUUCAAGCAUCGCAACCUUGCUGAGGUCAGAAUCUUUGGGAGGUUUCUAGCAUAUGACAACAUUGUGCGCUUUGUCCGGAAUGUAAUGGAAGCAGCGGUGAGUCUGGAGGACAUAAAACUUUAUAAGAGUCUAGUGUGUCAGAAUUGCAAGCAAACGGUUCAGAAGUGGACAUUGAAGGAGAAGGUGUCGCUCACCCACGAGCUCAAUGAGGGGAUGCUGUCUUCGGCCGUCCGGAUUCAGUUCCCCAAUUUAGAGCAUGUUGCUACUUGGUCAACAUACUGCUCUUGAGCUGCAAGCUCACUAGUGAACCUUUUCGGUUAUGUAUAUUUUAAGAUUGUACACCUCUGUCCUGGUUUACUGGCCCGCUUCGUAUUUUGUGUCAAAUUUUGUUCGUAAGUUAACUAAUAAAAUGUUAAAGCAUGUCACAAAAAAUCA